GGCAGUCAAAUCAAGGGACCGAACCUUCCCUGGAGAAUCAGGGAGCUCUUUCAGCUAGUAAACUGUUAUUAGAAAGGCUACACAAUGUCCGAUUUUGACAGCAACCCAUUCGCAGACCCGGACUUCAGCAACCCCUUUCAGGAUCCUUCGGUGACGCAGGUGACCCGGUCUGCCCCUCCUGGUGGUCUGGAGGAGUAUAACCCCUUCACAGACGCCAGAACGGCAGCCCCCGGAAAUGCCCCCAAAUCUACUCCUGCCCCUUCCCAGAACACACAACCUGCCAUCAUGAAGCCCACAGAAGAGCCGCCGGCUUAUUCACAGCAACAGACUCAGGACCAAGCACGUGCUCAGGCUGAGUUGUUGAGAAGGCAGGAGGAGUUGGAGAAGAAAGCAGCAGAGCUUGAUCGUCGGGAGAGAGAGUUACAGUCCCACGGAGCCGCGGGAGGGCGUAAGAACAACUGGCCUCCACUGCCAGAGAAGUUCCCCGUUGGCCCUUGUUUCUACCAUGACAUUGCAGUGGACAUUCCUGUAGAGUUCCAGAAGACGGUCAAGAUCAUGUACAACCUUUGGAUGUUUCAUGCAGGCACGCUCUUUGUGAACAUGUUUGGCUGCCUGGCCUGGUUCUGUGUGGAUGCAACUCGUGGUGUAGAUUUUGGCCUGGCCAUGCUAUGGUUUCUGCUGUUCACCCCCUGUUCUUUCGUCUGCUGGUACAGACCGCUCUACGGGGCUUUCAGGAGUGACAGUUCAUUCCGCUUCUUUGUCUUCUUCUUCGUCUAUAUCUGUCAGUUCGGAGUUCAUGUUCUACAAACUAUUGGCAUCACUGGUUGGGGAACGUGUGGCUGGAUCGCAGCUUUAACUGGCCUGAACACCAGUAUCCCAGUGGGCAUCAUCAUGUUACUGAUUGCAGCUCUGUUCACUGCGCUGUCCGUGGGCUCGCUCAUUAUGUUUAAAAAGGUGCACGCGCUCUAUCGUACCACCGGUGCUAGUUUUGAGAAGGCUCAGCAGGAGUUUGCAACCGGAGUCAUGUCCAACAAGACCGUUCAGACUGCGGCCGCCAACGCUGCAGCUAAUGCUGCGUCCAAUGCUGCUCGUGGGGCCUUCAAAGCUCAUCCAUAAACUGACACACACACACACACACACACACAUGCGUAUGGUACAUGCACACAUGCUCAAACAUACAAACACAAACACACACACACACACACACACACACACACACACACACACACACACACACACACACACACACACACACACACUGAGAAGAUGGCGAUGCACAGCUCUGGCCCUGCUGGUUCUCUGAUCAAAUUGAUUUUAUUUAUGAAUGUUGCAAUGCUAAGAUUGCCCUUUACACUUUGCUUAAAAAGUGUAAUGUAAGUAACAGACAAGUGACCAGAGCUGUCCAUCCUCACUUAACAUAUAUCAGUAAAAACUCUCCGACAUCCACCCUGUCUGCUUUUCAGUCAGGUGACUGUUUGCUCACAUCCCUUGAAACACCCACUUAGUGACUCAAGGUGUGCUCUGAGAGUGCGGGAUCUCAUCUCACACUCUCUUUACUCCCUCCUUUGCUUUUCCUGUUCUUCUGUCCCCUUGAGGUGAUCGUAGGUCAGGCAGAGAUGGAAGUUCAAGCAUACCUUAUUUCUGUCAUGGUGUUGACCUCCAAACAGCUUCCUGCCUGGUUAAUACAGUAUAGAGUCAUGAAAAGUGAUAAUCUGAUCAUGGUGUUUUGCACAUAGUUCUGUUUUCUUGGUCACAUACCGAAAGUACAGUAUACUGUAUGUUUGAAUGGCUGGGGCUGUGUGUGAAUGUGUACUUCACUUUAAGAAAAUUGUGGCUCUGACUUGGUUUUUUUUUUUUGGUUUUUUUAAAUAAUCCAGUGCUUGAUCAUUGAGAGCUGAAAGGCGAAUUUUACCUUGUACUAUAUCUGUGCUUCUAUUCUCAGACAAUACCAUUGUCAUUAUGGUAAAACUUAAUUCAUAUAAAUAGGAAUAUGUUUGUAUGUUCUUAUUUAAGGACCUGCCCACAGCUCCCAACAGAGCUCCAGUGACACUUGUCAGUUGAAUUGUUCCCUCUCUGUGUGCUACUUUGAUCGGCAAAGUGGGCUGGGUCAGCAUCUCUGUGGCUUACUAAGAUCUGACAGCAUGACGGUGACAUGCAUGUUUAGCACACUCGAGGUAGAAGUCAUUCUGUCCACUGUCAGAGUUUCCUCAGGCUACAGGGUUAGCUGUUUCAGGGGAACGUCUGCCUACUCCAUUUUCCCUCGGUUUCUGUGAGAAGCGAGCUGUAAAGUAAUUGCAUGUCCCAGUGGCUGUUUGACUGAUUGAUGACGUUCGGAUCUAUUUGUGAAGACGCACUGAACACCCCCGGUCAGUAGGUCACCAGUUCUCAGCACAAACUUUAAAAAGGUUCAGUCAGAUGCUUUCAUGGGCUUGUGCACUAAGAGGGGAAAACACUUGUGAAAUAAUCUAAUUUUCCUUUUACGUAUGUAUGACAUUAACAGACUACUACAUGGCUCUCCUUCAGUUGUUUUUGUAACCCUUUCACACUUGGUUGAAAACUAACGCUGCUAUGAUUCUGAGAGCUGCUCGGUCUCGGCCUCCUGCUGUCGUGUCUCCUGUUGAAAAGGACACAUACCGUACACAGUGAGAACUGAGAGAAGCGAGCAGCCUUUUCUCACUGGAGAUGAACUGGACAGUGAUAAAGCUAUGAUUUUUCUCAAGACUAUCCUGUAUAGACAAAAAUAGUAAAAACACUGAUACUGCGUGUGUGAAUACCACAAAGACUAACAGUCCGUUUGCAUUUUUACAGUCAAAAACAAAAAGUCACUGACUUUCCUGUUAGUAUUGGAUUACUGACAUCAGAAGUUUCAUAGCCAAAAUGAACAUUAAGCUAACCCAUAAGAGAGGACUGGACUUGAUGUACUUUCUGUGAUAGAAGAAGAUACAUUAAUUUAUAUACAAAAAUAACAGUGUUAUUCAGCACUAAGUUGUACAGACUGCUGUCGCUGAAGUGAAAUAUCGACGUAUUGACAUAGUGUUGCGUGUCUGAAGAUGUGCAAGAUAGAUGACUGACAACUGGAACUGCUGUUAUUUUAAAUAUGUUGACUGAACCCUAUAGUGGAUGAAACACUCCUGUGAGUGCUACCAAGGUGUAGAUCAGUAAUUAGUCAGGAAAUAGUAAGCCUACGUCUUGGCAGUAUUGUUUUUGUUUGGAAAUGUUUUGUUUUAAAUCCAUUGCACAUUUCUCAUUUUUGCGUUAAACGUAGUGCAAAAGGAAAACAUUGUUUUUAUUUAUGGUGUAAUUUAAGUUGUUUGCAUUUCAGUUGUGUUUUGGUUUGAUUUUACAUAAUGUAUUGUGUCUAUGUGGUUUUUGUAAUGACAUGAUCAUAGCAUCAGCUAAAUUUAAAAAAACAAAAAAGUGUUCAAUGACUUUGCAACUUGAUCCUGCGAGAGGUGUGCUUGUGUAGAUGAGGAUGUGUGUAUGAUUGGUAUGGAAGAAAAACAAAAUUCCCUCAAGUGUUAUUUCAAGUCCUGAGAAGCUGUGAGAGAUCUACCAAAUGUCCAUACAGAUUUGUUUUUAAAUCUUGGUCUGUGAUGUGUUCCCUUACUACGUUUCACUUUAAUGUAUUACACAACUUUUCUUUGCUACACAAACCCACAUGAUUCCCAUGUAUCUAUAGUUUGAAGCAGUUGUUAUAUGAAGCCAUGCCACAGUGGGUCAUUUUUUUUAUGUAUUUGGAGAGCUGGUCUGCAGUACAGGAAGACGUGUUUGAAGUUUGCUGACACAAAACUGUGUUUUUGACCUGUGACCAUGUUAUUUCACUGAAUCAGAGAAGAAACUCAUUCAAAAGGGACACUUGUAUAUUUUGUAAAGUUGAAAAUUUGAUCCCCAUUAUCAAUCACGUGUAAAAAGAAAACGUAAUGCACUCUUGUCUGGCCUUUGUCGCAUGUGAAAUAGUUUGAGUUUUGUAUAUUUAUGGUAUUAACAUGAAAUAAAAUUUGAAAGAAAUAUU